AUGGUCAAGGAACUAACUGGUGGAUAUAAAAUCAAGCAUCAUUUGAAUGGGCUCGACAAGGAUCUAAUUGAGAUUGACUUUACUCCUCCUUUCAGAAGGAUCGACAUGGUUGAGGAAUUAAAUAAGAUUGGAGGUCUCAACAUAAAUCCAGAGGAUCUCUCUAGUGCGGAAGCUAACCAAUAUCUUAAGGAUGUGUGCAAGAAGUUUGAUAUCAAAUGUUCCCCUCCUGAAACAACAACUCGUUUGUUAGACAAGCUUGUGGGGCACUUGUUGGAAGAGACGUGUGUAAAUCCUGCGUUCAUCAUUAACCAUCCUGAGAUAAUGAGUCCUUUAGCAAAGUGGCACCGAUCAAAACGUGGCCUGACUGAACGUUUUGAAUUGUUUAUCAACAAGCAUGAACUUGCCAAUGCAUACACAAAAUUGAAUGAUCCUGUGGUACAACGCCAACGAUUUGCUGAUCAACUCAAGGUGAUGAUGAAGCAAUGGUUUUGGACGAAGCAUAGAGCUGUUGAGUACGGGUUACCUCCAACUGGUGGUUGGGGUUUGGUCAUUGAUCGACUCUGUAUGUGGCUAACUGAUUCACAAAAUAAUAAGGAAGUUCUACUCUUCCCGGCUAUGAAACCACAGGAUGAGCCUUCUGCUAAAGGUACUAACUUCUUUUGGAAUAACUUUCCUCGAACGUGACCAAUAAAUUUCCGAAGUGCCAAAUUUGUAUGUCUCUGUUGUGGUAUUUUCUUUUGAAUAAGGAUCUGUUACAACUGAAAAGAAAAAGUCUCUCACCGUCUGUUGGUUUGGUUUCAUUAAAAAAUUUGUAGUGAAAAAUUGGUAAAGUCUUUGAAG